CAGAAAAAGCUCUCAAAUAAAAAGAAAGAAAAGAAAGAUAAAAACCAUGUGUUGUACGGGGAAGUGUGCCCGCCUGGUGGGCCUGAUCCUGCUGCCUUCAGCGUUCGUCUGCAUGAUCUGCAACCUGCUGUUGUUCUUCCCUAACGGGGAGCAACUGGACAAUGACCAGAUCUCCCUCCAGGCCUGGCUCAUGGGGGGGCUCAUCGGAGGAGGCCUCUUUAUGCUGUGCCCGAGCUGCUCAGCUAUCAGGGCCGGGGGCAAGGGUUGCUGCGGAACAGGUUGCUGUGGCAACCGUUGCCGGAUGCUGAACUCAGUGUUCUCCUCUGCUUUCGGCCUGGUCGGAGCGAUCUACUGCAACAGUGUUUCCUCAGCUGGUCUGGCUAUUGGACCCAAGUGUCAGAUCGAGGGUGGCGAAUGGACAUACCCCUUUGAAAACUCUGGGACGGGUAACGGCAGCUACCUUGUAAACCAAGAUCAGUGGGACAUCUGUGUGUUCCCCAAGAAUGCAGUGAAGUGGCACGUCGUUUUGUUCUCCAUACUGCUGGCUAUGGGUUUGGUGCAGAUGGUGCUCUGUGGCAUCCAGGUGGUCAAUGGCUGCUUGGGAUGCGUGUGUGGGGACUGUCGGGACAGCAAGGAUGAUGACGGUGGAUUGUGAAAUUGGAGAGGAUCACUUUGCUGUACUUUCACGAAGACCAGGACGCAUUUCAGCACUUCAUUCAUUCUCCAACAUUCACAUUCAGGGAAACCUCUCCAUGAUACUUUUUGAUGUAUUUGUCGCACAUUAAUUGUGUCUUAGAGAUCUUACUUACCUUACUACUUACUCCAUUAUUGUGUGUAUUUACUGUGGCUGAAGGUUUGUGUGUAUUGCCUGAUUUUGUUUGUUUUGGUUGAAUGUGUUGCUUAAAUAAUCACUGGAUUAAUAAAUAAUUUCCAUUCUGAAAGUGUCCAAUGGGACCAAAGGUGAACUAAACUGUAGAUGUAAAUAAUCCUUUAUGUUUCUUUUAUACACUUUCCAACUUGAGUUAUUGUAUGUCAGGUGAAUAUAACAAUACAAUAAAAGCUGAUACAUAAAAAGACAUUAUUUAGUAUUUUCCAAGUUUUAAC